AGCUACUGGCCAAAAGGCACCAGAGAUAAAGCAACCUUUCCAAAGUGUUCAUCUCCCAGGCUGCACAGUGUGGACUUAAAGAGAUGACCAUUCUUGAUUUUAUGAUGGUGGCCGACAACACAUCACACCUCUCCUCUGACUGUGCCCCUUUCAGCCUUGUGACCGUAAAUGUGGCUUUCUCGUGUCUCUUUUUCUUCUUGUUCCCGAUUUCAUUACUGCUCAACGGGGUAGCAGCAUGGGUGUCUUUGCACCUCCGCUCCACCACUGCCUUCAUUGUGUAUCUUAAAAACCUGGUGGCUGCUGACCUGCUCAUGACUCUGACGCUCCCGCCGAUGGCAGCCAGCAUGCUUCCUGGAGCGGCACUUGACUUAAAGGCGUUUGCCUGCCGUUACUCUAAUGUAAUUUUCUACUGCUGUUUGUACACAAGCAUCGUUUUAUUGGGUCUUAUCAGCCUGGACCGAUUCUUCAAAAUUGUUAGACCAUGUGGAAAGGUGCUGGGACAAAAUGUGGUGUUCAGUCUUGUAAUGUCCACCCUGGUUUGGGUGAUGUUAUUUGGCAGCACAGCGAUCCCAACCAUCAUUCUAACUAACCAGGAUCCUGUUAAUACGACAGAAGAUUUCUGUAUGGCCCUGAAAAGUCCAGCCGGUCUGACACUUCACAGGGUUGUGAUUUUAGCUAUGGAGAUUCUUUUCUGGCUUAUCAGCAUACUCAUUGUGUUUUGCUACAUCUGCAUCACCCUGAAAGUCCGGCAGUCCUUCAGGAACUCUGGGAGCCGCAACAUCCACGGAAAGAAGAAAACCAAACUACGAGUCUUCUUGAUCCUCCUAGUGUUUUUUGUGUGUUUUGUGCCUCUCCAUGCAAUACGCAUUCCUUUUACACAAUAUGAAAUAUUUAACAUUAAUGCCUGCGCUCAAAUGUGGGUGGUGCUGGUUCAAAAAUUAGUCCUGUGGGUCUCUACCACAAACGCCUGCCUGGAUCCUCUUCUCUCCAUCUAUCUGUGUAGGGAGUACAGAGACAAAAUGGUUGACAUGAUGAAAGCUAGAGGGAUCUGUCUUGGGUUAUAUUCAGGUGAAAUUGAUAAUGUUUCACAGUAG